AUGCUGGCCGGCUGUACAUUUUGGCAGCCACCACACGAGCAGACAAACGAGCGUACGCCCACUGAGCGCGUGCUCGCGCAGGUACCUGGGCACCGUGGGCGGCCGCGCGGACACGGUGUGCGAUUCGGCGCCGCUCCAAGGGCGCGUCCCGCGGCAGCUGUGCCGCCAACAACCGGGCACCGUGGCAGCUGUGGCGGUGGGCGCACGGCUGGCGCUCGCCCACUGCCAGCGGCUGUUCCGCCACGAGCCGUGGAACUGCUCGCAGCACAGCUUCGGGCACACGCUGCGCCGAGGUACCUGGGCACCGUGGGCGGCCGCGCGGACACGGUGUGCGAUUCGGCGCCGCUCCAAGGGCGCGUCCCGCGGCAGCUGUGCCGCCAACAACCGGGCACCGUGGCAGCUGUGGCGGUGGGCGCACGGCUGGCGCUCGCCCACUGCCAGCGGCUGUUCCGCCACGAGCCGUGGAACUGCUCGCAGCACAGCUUCGGGCACACGCUGCGCCGAGGCAGCCCCGAGACGGCGUUUCUGUACGCGCUGCACAGCGCCGGCGUGGCACACACGGUGGCCCGUGCCUGCGCCACGGGCCAGCUGAAGGAGUGCGCCUGCGGCUCGACCGCCGCCGCCGCUCGUGGAGCCUGGCGCUGGGGCGGCUGCUCCGACGACGUCCAGGCGGGCCUCCGCGUGUCGCGUCAGCUCGGCCGAGCGGCGGAGCGUUCCUCGAGGAGCACCGAGCCCCUGCGACAGGCGGCCAACCUGCACAACCUACGCGCUGGCAGGAUCGCGCUGGCCUCCAGGGUGCGACUGCGCUGCCGCUGCCACGGCGUGUCGGGCUCGUGCGGCCUGCGGUCGUGCUGGCGCACGCUGGCGCCGCUGGCGUCGGUGGGGCGGCUGCUGCGCGGCCGCUACCGGCGCUCGGUGCGGCUGCGGCGGCCGGGCGACCCGCGGCCGCGCCCCUCGGACCUGGUGCACGUGCGGCCGUCGCCGGACUUCUGCCGGCCGGAGCCCGGCGUGCCCGGCAGCCGGGGCCGGCCCUGCGCCGACCAGGCCUCGUGCGGCCGCCUCUGCUGCGGCCGCGGCUUCGAGACGCGCACCCUGCGUCGGCUGCAGCGCUGCCGCUGCCGCUUCCACUGGUGCUGCUACGUGACCUGCGACACCUGCGAGACCCGGGUGCAGCUGCACGCGUGCCGCUGAUCCCGGCGGCGCUUCCUUCUCCACCCCGGCAGGCCUGUCACGCCAGCAGGGCGGUUCAAUCUGCUUGGAAAUUCGUCAAUAAUUUUACAUAGCCAAUAAAUGAUAGGCCGGAA